AAGCGGCCGCCCCGCCUCCCGCCUCCCAGUCACCGUUGCUCGGCGGGCCGCCCCCCGAGCGUGGGGACCGGUGCCCCGGCCGGGGUCUGCCGGGAAGAUGGCGACCCCGGGCAUGAGCUGGCAGCAGCACUAUUACGGCGGCUCGGCGGCCGGGGCGGCCAAAUUCCCGCCCUCACCGGCCGCCGCGCAUCAGGCGGGGCACAGCAUGGAUUAUAGCCAGGACCUGCACCUGAAAAUGAGCAAGAAAAUCGCCCAGCUCACCAAGGUAAUAUAUGCUUUGAACACUAAAAACGAUGAGCAUGAAUCUGCAAUUCAAGCCCUCAAAGAUGCUCAUGAAGAGGAAAUCCAACAAAUUCUUGCAGAGACAAGAGAAAAAAUAUUGCAGUAUAAAAGCAGAGUAACAGAGGAGUUAGACCUUAAGAGAAAGAUUCAAGUUUUAGAAGCAUCAUUGGAAGAUCAUGUAAAAAUGAAGCAGGCGGCUUUGGCAGAAUUUGAAGCUUAUAAGCACAGAAUUGAGGACAUGCAGCUUUGUGCAGAAGCCCAGCAUGUCCAACGCAUCGUAACCAUGUCUAGAGAGGUCGAAGAGAUUAGAAGAAAGUUUGAGGAAAGGUUACGGAGUUUUGGACAACUCCAAGUACAGUUUGAAAAAGACAAACGGUUGGCGUUGGAAGAUUUGAGAACUGCUCACAGACGGGAGAUCCAAGAGCUGCUGAAGUCACAGCAGGAUCACAGUGCCUCAGUCAAUAAGGGGCAGGAGAAAGCAGAGGAGCUGCACAGAAUGGAGGUGGAGGCCCUAAACCAGACACUGGAAGAGCUAAGGCUUGAGCGGAAAAAGCUAAUUGAAGAUUAUGAAGGCAAGCUGCAUAAAGCUCAGUCCUUUUAUGAACAUGAGCUAGAUACUUUGAAAAGGUCACAGCUUUUCACAGCUGAAAGCCUCCAGGCUAGCAAAGAAAAGGAAGCAGAUCUUAGAAAAGAGUUUCAGGGACAAGAAGCAAUUUUACGAAAAACCAUAGGAAAAUUAAAGACAGAGUUGCAAAUGGUACAGGAUGAAGCUGGAAGUCUUCGUGACAAAUGCCAAAAGCUUCAGCUAGCGCUUGUUACAGCAGAGAACAAUGUUCAGGUUCUUCAGAAACAGCUUGAUGAUGCCAAGGAGGGAGAAAUGGCCUUAUUAAGCAGGCACAAGGAAGUGGAAAGUGAGCUGGCAGCAGCCAGAGAACGUUUACAACAGCAAGCUUCAGAUCUUGUCCUCAAAGCUAGUCAUAUUGGAAUGCUUCAAGCAACUCAAAUGACCCAGGAGGUUACAAUUAAAGAUCUAGAAUCAGAAAAAUCGAAGGCCAAUGAGAGAUUAUCUCAGCUUGAAGAAGAAAGAGCUUUUUUGCAAAGCAAAACCCAGAGUCUGGAUGAAGAGCAGAAGCAGCAGAUUUUGGAACUGGAGAAGAAAGUAAAUGAGGCAAAGAAAACCCAGCAAGAAUAUUAUGAGAUGGAGCUAAAAGACCUGCAAAAUAGACUGGAAGGGGAGAUGGCUCAAUUAAAUGAGGCCCAUUCUAAGACUUUGGAAGAAUUAGCUUGGAAGCACCAUAUGGCAAUUGAGGCUGUCCACAGUAAUGUAAUUCGGGAUAAGAAAAAACUGCAAAUGGAAUUGGAGGAACAAUAUAAAAAGGAGAAACUAAACCUGGAAGAGGAUAAAAAUCAGCUUCAACAAGAGCUAGAAAACCUGAAGGAAGAAAUGGAAGACAAGCUGAAUUCAGCCAAUCAAGAGAUUGGCCGCCUCCAAGAUAUAGUAAGCAAAAGUGAACAAGGUCUUGGUUCUGCAGAAGGACUCAUUGCUAGUCUUCAGGACUCCCAAGACAGGCUUCAAAAUGAGCUGGAGUUGACUAAAGGCAGGCUGAGGGAGACCAAGGAUGCUCUGUUAAAUGUUGAGGGUGAGCUAGAACAAGAAAGGCAACAGCAUGAAGAAAUACUUGCUGCCAUGAAAGAAGAAGAGAAGCUCAGAGUGGACAAAAUGGCUCAUGACUUAGAGAUAAAAUGGACUGAAAAUCUUAGACAAGAGUGUUCUAAACUUCGCGAAGAGUUAAGGCUUCAACAUGAAGAGGAUAAAAAGUCAGCAAUGUCUCAACUUUUGCAGUUAAAAGAGCGAGAGAAAAAUGCAGCCAAGGAUUCAUGGCAGAAGAAAGUAGAAGAUCUCUUAAACCAGCGGCACUGUCUGGGUGAAGCUUUGCAUAAAUCUAUCAACAAUAUUUCCUUGCUGAAACAGAAUCUGGAGAUGCAGCUUUCCCAGUCUCAGACCUCUUUGCAACAACUGCAAGCCCAGUUUACACAAGAACGGCAACGACUUACCCAAGAGCUUGAAGAAUUAGAGGAACAACAUCAACAAAGACAUAAAUCUUUAAAAGAAGCACAUGUCCUUGCAUUUCAAACCAUGGAAGAAGAAAAGGAAAAAGAACAAAGAGCUCUUGAAAAUCAUUUACAACAGAAACAUUCUGCAGAGCUUCAGUCAUUAAAAGAUGCACACAGAGAGUCCAUGGAGGGCUUCCGGAUAGAAAUGGAACAGGAACUUCAGACACUUCGGUUUGAAUUAGAAGAUGAAGGAAAGGCUAUGCUUGCUUCUUUACGCUCAGAACUAAACCAUCAACACGCAGCUGCAAUUGACUUGUUACGGCAUAAUCAUCAUCAAGAAUUGGCAGCUGCUAAAAUGGAAUUAGAGAGAAGCAUAGACAUCAGCAGAAGACAGAGUAAGGAGCACAUGUGUAGAAUCACAGAUCUACAAGACGAAGUAAGGCACAGAGAGCAUCACAUCUCAGACUUGGAUAAGGAGGUACAGCACCUUCAUGAAAAUAUAAGUGCCCUAACCAAAGAAUUGGAAUUUAAGGGAAAAGAAAUUCUCAGAAUACGAAGUGAAUCCAACCAACAGAUGAGGUUGCAUGAACAAGAUUUAAACAAGAGACUUGAAAAAGAGCUGGAUGUCAUGACAGCAGACCACCUCAGAGAGAAAAAUAUCAUGCGGGCAGAUUUUAAUAAGACUAACGAGCUACUCAAGGAAAUAAAUGCAGCUUUACAAGUGUCACUAGAAGAAAUGGAAGAAAAGUAUCUAAUGAGAGAAUCAAAACCAGAAGAUAUACAGAUGAUUGCAGAAUUAAAAGCCAUGCUUACAGAAAGAGACCAGGUCAUAAAGAAACUAAUUGAGGAUAAUAAAUUUUAUCAGCUGGAAUUGAUCAAUCGAGAAACUAACUUCAACAAAGUGUUUAACUCAAGUCCUACUGUUGGUGUUAUUAAUCCACUGACUAAGGCAAGGACUGCCUCCCUUUGACAGAUGGCUAAAGUUCACGGAACUCUCUUUUAAAAUUGUUAACUUUUUACCUUCUCCUAAUUUUAGCCUAAACCCAUUUACCCUCAUGAUAUCCGCAAGAUCUCCUCUUUCCCCCUUACCCUUCCAGUAUCUCUACCCUUGACCUUCUUUCCAUCCCCUUCUCCCCUCCCUGUGAACAAUCCCUUAACCUUUCUCCCUCAUUCUUUCUGUCCUAGCAGCAUGUCUGUCUUUGAGGAUUCCAUGUAGCUAAAGAGCACCUCCAAAGAUCCCCAGACCACACUUUGGGUAACACUGCUUCAUUUUAACAUCCCAAUUUAACAUCAAGCUUUCAAAAUUUUCCCAUGCCAAAUUUAUAUCUGCUACAGUUCCUGUUUUCUCAUUCGUCCUUAUGCAGGGACCAUCCUCACAUGUAUUAUUUUUAAUGCAGCAAAAGAAGAAGAAUGAUAAAUCACCAACAAACAGGUUUGUGAGUGUUCCCAAUCUAAGUGCUCUGGAAUCUGGUGGAGUGGGCAAUGGACAUCCUAACCGCCUGGAUCCCAUUCCUAAUUCUCCAGUCCACGAUAUUGAGUUCAACAGCAGCAAACCACUUCCACAGCCAGUGCCACCCAAAGAGCCCAAGACAUUUUUGAGGUGAGCCCCGUCUCACCAGUGAUUUCUUUUCUUUUUUAACUUGAGAAAUUUACCUUCUAUUGCAGACAUCUACUCCUUUAAUAACAGCCUAGGAAAAGAAAUUUUACUGUGAAAUAUUUGCAAAAUAUAUUUAUUACCUCUCUAGAGAACUUUUUGACUGUUAAAAAAGAUUUUUUCUAUUUUCUUGUCAGUCAAUUUUCUAAAUGCUUCAGAGGUGCUAAUGUAAUUCAUAUGCUUAAAAUUUUAACAUUUAUAAACUUGCUUCAUUUUUAGAAUUAUCAAUUUUUCAUUAAUCAUCCAUCCUUAUUGCAGAACUUCAGAAUUUUUUUUAUUUAUUAAGUUGUUUUUCUUUCUUAUUCUUAUAUGCUUAUUUUUCCCUUUUUUAUAAAUAUAUGUGCUUAUUGCCAAAAUAAAAAAUACUUAAGGUCUGGGGACUUAAUGAUAAAAGUAAGUAGGAAAUUUAGAAGAAAAAAUAAUUUUCUAUAAUUAACAUUCCAAUUUUAAGUUAUCUCAGAGUUCUUGACUAAAUGUAUUAACAAGUAAGAUUUGAAUACAAUCCAGUUGUUUAUCCAUUAAAUAAAGUCAGGAAGUACUGUCAUCUUAUGCUUACUUUACUAUAACUGAUUUUGUGCCGUUUAAGAAUUUUUUGACUAUUCUUACUAAAUCUCAGUGUCACUAAUAAUAAUCUUACAAGCAGAUGGUUAUUUUUCUAGGCUAAGUGAUUAAUGACCAGUUAAUGACAUUAUUUUUAAUAGAAAAAAAAAUAGCAAGAAUGAAAAGUAGUCAAAUACACCUUUGAAUGUGUCUCCUGCUAAAUAUUCUGUGUUGCUUAUUUCCCCCUGUGCAUGGGUAUGUUCAGGUAUCAGUAAGAUGCAUGUGCAUGGGCUCAAGGAACAUGACCAGUGGAGUUUCCAUUACACAUUGUUGCGUGCCUUGUAAUUUCCCCCAAAGACGGUAGGGAUUCUUUUAUUUUCUUAACUAGCCCAAAGACUCUUUAGUUAGAAUUAAGAUAAAUAUAAAUUAUAUAACUAUUAAGAUGGAGGGGAAAUUGGCUUUUUAAUACACUCCUUUCCCCUAGAGUAUUUGCUUACGGAAUUAUGAAAGUUUAAUAUAAAUAUACAUACGGAAAAAACUAUACUGUAGUUACCUAACUUAGUUAUAUUUAAGGACACAUUCAGUAAGAAAUGCUUGUGUCGGAUUCUAAAAUUUUAACUAAAAAAAGAAAAGGUGCUGAACGAGAAGAAUGUUAUCUUGUUCUCUCUUAUUUCCCACAGUUCCUCCUGAACUUUUUUAUCCAAAGAAGGUCACGUUAUUUUCCUCAACUGUUUGAUUUUUUUUUUUGUUUUGUUUUUUGGUAAUGGUUGUAAUGUGGCUCCUCCUUAACGGACUUCAUCCCAGCUGCUGCUGCACUCUCAUGGAGUGGAGAACACAGUCUAGCAUAGAGGAAGUAGCAAAUCUUUAAAACGCAUCUUCCUAUGUAGGGUACCAGUCGUGGUCACCUGCCCUGAUGUUUUAUGUGCUUUUCCCUUCAUUUGGCAAAACAGCUUAUUGCUGGGUUACAUGUCUCUCUUUUUAUGAAUUCAGUCCUCCUCAGAGUGAAGCUUCCCCGGCGGCUUCUCCAGAUCCCCAGCGCCAGGAGUGGUUUGCCCGGUACUUCACAUUCUGAAAGAAAUGUGUUGGCACAGCUCUGUGUGGACUGUUACUGAGAGCAUGACCUUAUACAGAUCAUUAUGUGAACGGGCUUUCCUGUGUCACACACUGUGAGUGAGAAAGUAUUUGUCUCUCCAAGUGAAAGUACACUGUAUUUCCUGUGGUAUUUAUUGGAAUCACUCAGUAAGGUACUAUAUAAUGUGUGUAAUUAUAACAGUUAUUUUUAUUUGAGAUGGAAGUCUUUAACCUUUGUAAUUACUGCAUAAUAAAUUUUGUUAGAACAAACAA